UGCCGACGCCAAUACCGCCUACGCCAGCUCCAACGCCAGCGCCGACGCCAGCACCAACCCCAGCGCCUACGCCAGCACCAACGCCCGCGCCGACCCCAGCGCCGACGCCAGCACCUACGCUAGCGCCCACGCCUGCACCAACGCCAGCGCCGACGCCAAUACCGCCUACGCCAGCUCCAACGCCAGCGCCGACGCCAGCACCAACCCCAGCGCCUACGCCAGCACCAACGCCCGCGCCGACGCCAGCCGCCGACGCCAGCACCUACGCUAG